AUGGGUGGCGGCGGACUGCUGGUUAUUUCGACCUUUGUGACCUCCGACUUGGUCCCUCUCCGCAAGCGAGGUGUCUGGCAGGGUGUUGGGAAUAUUUGCUAUGGCGCAGGAGGAGGAUUGGGCGGUGUCUUUGGCGGUUGGAUCAACGAUACCCUGGGCUGGCGCUGGGCCUUUUUGCUUCAGGUCCCUUUCCUGAUCGUUUCGGGCAUUUUGGUCGCGUGGAAAGUCAACAUUCCCGUCAAGAACUCAGAUAAAUCUCGGAUCAAACGUGUCGACUUCUUGGGUGCCAUUACGCUUGUUCUGACGAUGGUGACUCUCCUUCUGGGUCUGAAUACCGGAGGUAACCAACUGCCCUGGACACAUCCGUUGGUUCUCAUCUCUUUCCCAAUCUCUGCGAUAUUCCUCGGCCUUUUCAUUUAUAUUGAGGCGCGAGUAGCAGCUGAGCCCAUCAUUCCCAUUAAACUACUGCUCGACCGGACGGUUGCGUCAGCCUGCCUGACAAACUGGUUCACUACGAUGGCAGUCUUUGGUCUGCUUUUCUAUCUACCUCUCUACUUCCAGGUGCAAGGUAUGUCGGCUACGGCAGCCGGGGUGCGCUUGAUCCCCCAAGCGAUCGGCACUUCCAUUGGCUCUCUCGCAUGUGGUUUCAUCAUGCGUGCCAAGGGACGGUAUAUGAUCCUGAAUUACCUGGCAAUGGCCCUGAUGGUGGCUUCUGGUGGGCUGAUCUGCACUUUGACAUUGACUACGCCUGCAUGGUUACCAUUUGUCUAUUUCUUCAUGAUGGGGACGGCAUAUGGCAGCAUUCUGACCAUCACUCUGGUGGCGCUGAUAUCUGCCGUAGACCACGAGCAUCACGCAGUGGUUACCUCUGCGUCGUACGCUUUUCGCAGUACUGGAAGCACGAUCGGUAUCACGAUUGCCUCGGCCGUGUUCCAGAACACACUGAAGGCUGGGCUGUGGUCCCGCUUUGGAGGCCUCAAGCACGCAGCAGAGCGAAUCGCGCGACUUCGCGACAGCCUGGAUGAGAUCCGCAAGCUUCCUGCAGAUUGGAUCCCGGGGACCCUUGACAUCUACAUGAUUUCUCUACGCAGUGUCUUUCUAACUCUUCUUGGUCUGACAGUCUUGGGGGCAUUGGCGAGCCUCGUCAUGCGCGAGCACAAGCUGCAUAAUAACCUUUCCCGCCGUUGA